AUGUACCUAUCAGUCGGAACACGACCUGACAUUUCGUACCCUGUCAGUAUUUUGAGCAAGUUUCUUGAAGUACCAUUAAGGGAGCACUGGACAGCAGCGAAGAGAAUUUUAAAAUAUUUGAAGUCAACGCCCAACUUGGGGAUAGUCUACAAUAGAAUGACUUCUAAGCCCAAUCAAUUGAUUGCUUAUUCAGAUGCCGACUACGCAUCAUGCUUGGAUACACGCAAGAGUACCAGUGGAGUCAUACUUAUGCUGAACGACGGACCAAUAAUAUGGUCAUCACGCAAGCACAUUGUAGCAACAUCGACAACUGACGCAGAAUAUGUGGCCGCCUAUGAUGCAACUAAGGAAGUUGUCUGGUCACGACAAUUACUCAAGGAUAUUGGAGUCGAACAAUUUGAACCGACUACUCUUUUUUGUGACAACGCAGCAACUCAGAAGCUAAUCGAAAAUCCUAUUUUCCACAGGAAGUCAAAGCACGUUGACAUAAAAUUCCACUAUACUAGAGAAUUGGUCAAACAGAAGCAAAUUAAGAUUCAACACGUGUCAACACAGUCGCAACUAGCCGACAUCUUAACGAAGCCCUUGGCACGGGGAAAAUUUGAAAUUAAUCCAAAUCAAUUAAAUUUGAUGUAA